UCCCAGAAUGUACCAUAAUGCUUGGUUUAUGGGAGGUAUUCAUGGUAGCUGUUGAAUUAAUAUUUGUUAAAUGAAUAAACUAAAGUUUUUUUUUUUUUUUCAGAAGGACUUUUGUGGCUGUUGGUGAAGAUGUUUGUUUAAUACUAGAGUUUGAAAUGAAAUGUCAUCUGGUUCUUUCACCAUCCCUGGUUCUUUUUUUUUCUUUUUAGGUAACACAGGCAAGUCGAUGAAUAUAACAAAUUAUUCCGUAGUGUCUGAAUUUGUGUUCCUGGGACUUUCUAACUCUAGGCCAAUGCAGCAUUUUCUUCUUUCCUGCUCUACCAUUUUAUAUAUAUCAAUUGUGCUUGGAAAUCUCCUGGUUGUGUUUAUAGUGAUAUUUGACCUUCAUUUACAUUCCCCUAUGUACCUUCUGUUAGCCAAUCUCUCAUUUAUUGAUCUGUGUUUUUCUACAUUAACGGUCCCUAAGAUGAUCUCUGACCUGUACUCUGGGCAAAACACCAUAUCAUUCCAGGGAUGUGUCAUCCAGAUUUUUAUGCUUCAUGUCCUGGGUGGAUCUGAGAUGGUGCUGCUCAUAGCCAUGGCCUUUGACAGAUAUGUGGCCAUAUGUAAGCCUCUUCACUACCUGACCAUCAUGAGUCCAUGGAUGUGCAUUUGGCUUCUGGUUGGUGCUUGGAUUAUUGGUGUCAUUCACUCAGUGGCUCAGCUAGCUUUUGUUGUCCAUUUGCAUUUUUGUGGCCCUAAUGAGAUAGACAGCUUUUACUGUGAUCUACCUUGGUUUAUCAAACUUUCCUGCACAGAUACUUUCAAAAUGGAGUUCGUUGUUACUGCCAACAGUGGGCUCAUUUCUAUGGGAACCUUCUUCUUGUUGAUUUUCUCCUACAUCUUCAUCUUGGUCACUGUAUGGAAACACUCUUCAAAUGACUUGUCCAAGGCCCUCUCUACUUUGUCAGCUCGUGUCACUGUGGUGGUUUUGUUCUUUGGACCAUCCAUCUUUAUCUAUGUGUGGCCAUUUCCCACAGUACCAGUGGAUAAAUUUCUUGCCGUUUCAGACUUUUUGGUUACACCUAUCUUAAAUCCUGCCAUCUACACAUUGAGAAACAAGGACAUGAAGAUGGCAAUGAGGAGACUGAGUAGUCAAUUACUGAGUUUGAGAAAGAUCUAAGUAAAGGAGGGUACAAGUUGUUUUGUGUAUUUUCAAAUCACUUCAAGUAACACAUAUGCUUAUAUAAUUGUACAAAAUUAGGAACUUACCUGAUAGUCCAAGUGUUUGUUGUAUAGACCAUCAUAUUCAACCCUGUAUGUUACUUGUUCUAAAUUCAGGAGGGAAAUAUCUCAAACUGUUUUACCCAAAGUUAAUGAUUUAUUUAAUUAUAUAUUUAAUUGCUUAUUUAUUGGGCUAUUUUUAUGUAUUUCAGGACUUUUAAAUACUGAAGGCACAUAUCAUUUUUGUGUGGCAUACAUUUUUAAUUGUUCAUGGUUAACACUGAAAAGUUUUUAAAAAUCCGGACCAUAGUUACACUGGUAUCAAAACAACUAAAGGUUUUUGCUAUUUCCCUCUAUUUAUUGAAGUUGCAAAGGAAUUCAUUUUACUUGGAUCCACAAUCAACUGCCAUGGAAGCAGCAGUCAAGAAAUCAAGUGAUGUAUUGCAUUGGGUAAAGCUGCUGCUAAAGACUUCUAUAAUAUGUUAAAAUGCAAAGAUGUCACUUUGAGGACUAGGGUGCACCUGACGCAAGUCUCAUAUAGAUGCAAAAGCUGGAUAAUGAGUA